AUGGAAAGUAAUAUACAGAUCCACGCAAAAUUCGAUAGGACGAAGGAAGGAAGGGAAAAGAGGACAGUGAGCAGAGCCAGAGCUGCACCUGGUGCAGGGCCGAGAUCCCCGCACCAGGGCACUCAGCUGAGACGGAGGCGGCUGCUGAAGAGUGAAGCCGCUGAGCUGUGCCAGUCUGAACGGAGUGAGAUUAUGCGGGCGAUCCACGCCGUGGACCUCAUACCCCAGAAAAGGAUUCAAGUCCAUGGGAAUGCAUAG